AUUGGACCAAGCGCUCAAAGAACACGUUAUAGUAGCUCCCUCUUUCGACUGAGGAAUGAAAAGCGGAAGUCAAUAAAAUCAAGAACGAAAAGAGGAAAAUAAACAGAGCUCUUUGGAUCAUCGGGAAGGAUUCGGCAAUGGCGGAAGGCCCCGAAACACAUCCCUCUUCAUCUUCUCAUCAGUAUUCUUCUAAUGACGUCGUCAAGGAUCAAUCCCAGGCACCUCCAUUUGAUGAUGUAAAACCCCUUAGCAGCAAUAACCCGAUGAGCCCAAUCAUGUACCCUGCCUUAGUUCCUGGGCUGUUCCCUCCUCAACUGGACCAAGACCAAAUGAAUCGUGGGCCGGGCCUGUAUGCUGUCCCAGUUCUUCCAUUCGCACAAUCCAUUACUGGGUUCCCGACCAAUACUCUUAUCCCUUUCACCUACAACAUACCCACUGCAAGAAGUUCAUCAGGGAAUGGAGGUGUGGGUGGUGAGCAGGGACAACUACAAGAACAACCUCAACAACAGCAAGAAGCUGGACCUCAAAGACAAGUCGUUGUUCGGAGAUUUCAAAUUGCUAUCCAGCUUGAUCUGUUGCUUAUCUUAAAACUGGCUGCGGUUAUCUUCUUGUUUAACCAGGAUGGAUCUAAACAGAGGCUUACUCUCCUCGUUUUCUUUGCUUCACUAGUUUAUUUAUAUCAAACUGGAGCACUUGCACCUGUAAUUCGGUGGCUUUCAGAAAGAACACAAAGGGCAGUGGCUCGUCCCCAGCCACCUCGAGCGGACAAUUUGCCUGCAGCCGAAGGACGAGGAGAUGAAAAUGCUGGCUUAGCAGGGGCAGAAAACGAGAAUGAUCAAGCGGGUGAUGGUGAUAGAGCUGAAGAUGAUAAUGAGCAUGGUGGAGAACAAAAUGAGCAGGUUGAAGCCGGCAAUCGGUGGUGGGGAAUUGUGAAAGAGAUUCAAAUUAUUGUCUUUGGUUUCAUUACCUCACUUCUGCCUGGAUUCAAUAACUUAGAUUAGAGUUUUAAAUUAAUGUUUUAAGCAUAUUUUUGUCUCAAAAAGGAAGAGUUCGAGGCAUGGAUUUCAUGUAAUAUGUGCCUGUUUGUCUUAGCUGCUGCUGAAGGAUGACAAAUGAUUUCGUAGUUUGAAAAUUGAAUUUAUAUGAUGAUGAUAUGCCUUUCAAGCGGUUGUUUUGUCUGUUGGUUUAUAAUUGGAUUUGAUGAUAAUAGAGCGAGUGGCCUUAUUGUGAAUGAUAAUAAGAUCAUCUUUUCUUUUUUCCUGGAAGCUGGUUUAGA